CGAGCCCGCCCGCCGGGCAGCAGCGGCGGAUGGCGGCGUGGCGGGGCGCCCUGGGGCUCGGCCUCCUCCUGCUGCCGGCGGCCGUAUUGGGUGAAGAUUGCCAGGCAUAUAUUGAUAACUAUGGCAAGGUACAACCUGCAAAAUCCUGUCCCAACUUCUGCUGUGGAAACUGCUUUCUUCGGUACUGUUGCUCUAAUGAGCUCUUGAAAUUUGAUGCAGAAGAACCAUUUCAGUGUGGUCUACUUCAUGAAAGGACCUCUGAUUUGAGCAAGUUGAAUGACAUGCAGCUUUCUUCAGACCCUGAUGAUUUCCUUCCUCCUGGUGGCAGUUUUGGAGAUGCUAUUGCGAUUGGAAUUGCUAUUUUGGCAGUGAUCAUAAUCACUAUUAUUCUGUGCCUCACAUGUUCAUGUUGCUGUUUGUAUAAAGCAUGUCGGCGACCACGGCCUGUUGUCACCACCACUACUGCCACUACAGUGGUUCAUGCUGCCUAUCCCCAGCAACAGCAAGUGCCACCCAACUACCCAGUGGCCCCAUAUCAAGGAUAUCAGGCCAUGCCUAUCCAGCCACAGCCAGGAAUGCUGGUGGCCCCAUACCCUGCGCAGUGUCCUCCUCCUUACCCCAUGCAGCCACCAGGACCCCCAGCUUAUAAUGAAAUGGAGGCAGCUGGUGCUGGAGCCCCUUACCCAAUCAGCCAGCCCCCUUACAACCCUGCUUACAUGGAUCGUCAGAAUCCCACCUAUUGAAAAGAUCUACUAUGUUUCUGCAUACAAAACUUUUUAAAGUAUAAUUUGUGCUGGUUACACUGUGCAACUGUAGUAUAUUUUUCUGGAAGACAGCAAUCUUAUGUCUAAGUAAAGUAAAACUUGUUUCAGUAUCUUUUUUUGAAAUGCUUCAAGUAUGAGGCAGGAGUAUCUUUCUUGCAGAAGUUGUUAAUUUAUACCUCAAGCUAAUACAUGGAGUUUGUUUUACAUACAGUGAGAAAAGCAGGAAGAAGGAGUACUUCAGAAAUAAGAACCACAAGAACAUUUGCUGUGCAAUAAUUUUGAAAGGAAUAGUCUAGUAUGAGCUUUACCUGACACCCAAAGCUGUAGCAAUCUUUUGCACAGUAUUAAAACAUAAAAACCUAAUCUCUGUGGAACUACCUGAUACAUGUUUUAUAUGUUCUGCCUGUUUUAAAGCUACUAUUGUUAGGUAAAAUACAAUGUAAUGCAUUUCAUUUACCAUUCAAAAGGGAAUUUUCCUUUUUUGAAACACAUUUUGCCUUCAUUAAGGGGUAGCAAACCACGUUUAAUUGUCUUUGGACUAGUUGCAUUUUUCUGUGCUAAGUAGUGUGAACUGAUAAUUUCCUUGUUUUCUUUCCUAAUUUUGAGGCUUAAAACCUGUGUCUUUAUUGGGUGUUUUGUCAGGCCAUUUUAAUUUCUAGCUAGAAAUUAACAGCACAACCAAACUGUAGGUCACUUAGUGGAACAAACAGAUAAAAAAGAUUAAAACCUGAGAAUUCUUAAUAAAAAAUUAUUGGACAAAUAUUUGUUGUCCAAGUAUUAUUGGACAAGUUUACUUAAGUCAUAUGUUGUUGAUGAGUUUGGAAGAGAAAUUAGCACCUUAAUUGUAUGUUAAGCAGAAGUACCUGCCAGUGUUUAAAGGAAGUUUAUUUUACAGAAGAGAUGGGAUGUCAGAAAUAGGUUGGGGUUUUAAAAUGCUGUGGGUAGGUCACUGUCUGUCUCUAGUGGGAAGUGUAGAUGGCAGGAACCAAGGGAUGACAGAUGUUUAUAAACUCAGUCUGUGUUUGAAUAAUAAUAUGGAAGAGGGAGGGUAAGAAAUCCCAGCCUAACACACAGUAGAGAUUAAAUCUCCUUUUUGUUCUCAGCAUCCCCAUGAAGCUGAGCAGAGAAUGAGAAGCUGGGAAAGGAAGGGUGGUAGGAUCUGCUUGCAGUGAGGUCAUGUAUUUUCAUGAAGGGGUUGCUUGCAGUCGUGAAACCUCUUGACAAGUCCUCAUGACUGACACCAGUGUUUGCAAGGCUUUUGGCUCUGUACAUCUUGUAUUGAUCAAACAAAUUGUGGCUUUUUUAGUGUCCUUUAAAAUUCUGUCUUUUCUAACGUUGAAAUACAAUUUGUUAUUCCUCAGUAGAGCUGUCUAAUCUGUUGUAUGUAUCACUGUGAAUUAAUUAGUGAAAUAAUUCUGACAUAUCUCAUACACAGAUGUUACUUUGUUAGAGAGGUCAUUAAUCCAUUUGUCCUGAAAUUCUACAUUUGGGAUAUAUAACCGUUUGAGAAAUAUUAAUGGUGGAUUUGUUUUAUCUCAUACGAUGGAUGGAAACUGCUACUUUCAAAGGCAGCCUUAUUCUCUUCUUGAUUUUUUGAGUCUAUAUCUGGGUAAUUCCAUUUUUUUUUUUUUCAAUAAAGUCUUCAGGGCAUUUCAGAAGAAACUUGUAGGGCACUUUUAGCGUUGAGAUUCGUGGCACCUAUGCUCUUCUGUGACUCCUCUCUGAGAGUGUUGAGGUUAAUAGCAUGAAAUGGUGCCAGGAGGCACUAGGGGAGCACACACCCCUUAUCUCUGUGUUCCUCCUCUUUCCUGGCCCAUAAGGCAAGGAACUGGGCAAUGCUUUGUUACAUUGUUAGGAGCUGUGUAAGAACAACCAAAAAUGGCCAGUGGCUUCUGAAUGGAGGAUGAAGUGUUCCUUCAAAUCUGGAAUUUUUAUGUGUGGGAGGGCACUGAGUAACUGCAGAACUAAUUCUCUUGCUGUAGAUCCUGCCCCAUGUGUUUUUAUUCCUACUGAAGGAGGGCAGAGGCUCUCCCAGCACCUUGGUUAGGCAAGGGGCCUCAUGGAGCCUCGCUGGUGAGAUGCAGCUCUCAGGGCACAGGUGCAUGGUGCCAGUGUUGGGCUUCACGGGGUUGUCACUCUGCACCUCUCUUCCUUUCCUCCAUCUAGUGUGACAGAGCCUGCAGUUUGUGGCAGCAUUAGUAGGGUUAUGUUUUGGUUAUGAAAGGAAAAUCUGUGAUUUCAUGAGAAGUUGGCUCAAUCAUGGCAACAUUAACAGAGGUCUCCAAAUCUGAAGUUUUGGUGCAGAUGUUGCACAGACCAAAUUAUUUGCCCUGAGCACCACUGCAUGUGGGAGGAGAUGAGGGAUAGGGUUAAGGAGCCUGAAAAUGUACACCUUUCCUUCACUGAACAUAUGGUAAUGAUAACUAUAUACAAGUGAAAAGAUGAAUCAUUGAUAUACAAGGAGCUAGUUUAGUAGUAGUGUUACUGCUUGAGUCACAAAACUUGUUGAAAGAGGAGAAAAUGGUCUGUUUUCCUUGCUUCAUAAUUGGAGCACUUAAUCAGAUCUUUCCUUAUUGUUGGUGUAUUAAUCAUCAUUAACAAUGAGGCAUAGGACCAAAUUGUAUUUAGUUACUGCCAUGCAACCCAUUGAAACUUGUUUUCAGAUAGUUAAGAGAAUGGGAUGGUUAAAGAACAGAUGGAGAAGUUGAUCCAUAAACUUUUAGUUCAAGCACUGCUGAUGUGUCAGUCCAAGGAGCUGUUGCCUUCACAUCAAACUAGUUAUCUGCAGUGCCACGGGGAAGGGGGAGUGGAAUUACAGUUUUUAAUGUUGAAAGAACGUAUGUUCAUUUAUUUUUUUUUAAUUCUGUAAGUGCCUUUGUUUCAGAAGUGUUUUGUGAAAUUAAAUACAGUAGUAUAUUCUGUUGUGCUGAAUUUACUAGGUAACCAUUGUUGAUUUUAUUACAUACUGUAACCUAGCUUUGUAUGUUGUUUGUAGUUUAAACAUAAGUAUACAGAAGAAGUGGCAUAAUCUCUAUGCACCUUUGUAAUAAAUGCAGUGUUUUAAGUAUA